AUUUUCAGAACAUACAAAAGGAUAGCAGACGAUUUAAGAUCAUACCCAUUACCAUACACGCCGUCCGCAAGAUUGAACCAGAGCCUGGAAGGCAGGGCAGCCACGGACAAGUUUCAAUGGCAACGGCACCCUAGGGCUGCCAUGGCAGCAGCUGCCGCCGAUGCCCCUCACCACAUUGACACACUGACGCUGGAGGACGAGGAACGAAGAGCCGCCACCAAAGUGCUUGGAGGUCCUGCUGCAGGGAGGACGGAAAGAGAGAACGAGAGAGAGAGGGAGAGGGAAGGGAGAGGCAGUGGGAACGAGUGUUUGGUGUGCGGUGCCCUCUUCAGUUCGCAGGACAAGCUCCGGCUCCACACGUUCUGUCACGCAGGAGAGAAAUCUUUUUACUGUUCCCAGCCCCACUGCCCAAAGGCUUUUAGCUCCAAAUAUAAGCUCUUUAGGCAUAUGGCCACACACUCUCCACAGAAGACUCACCAGUGCUCAUUUUGUGAGAAGAUGUUUCACCGCAAAGAUCACCUUAAAAAUCACCUGCAGACUCACGACCCCAACAAAGAGGCCUUUAAAUGCGAGGAGUGUGGCAAACACUAUAACACAAAGCUGGGCUACAAGCGCCACAUGGCCAUUCACUCAGCCACAGCUGGUGAUCUGACCUGUAAGGUCUGCUUGCAAAGCUACGAGAGCACGCCUGCACUCCUAGAACAUCUCAAGAGCCACUCAGGCAAGUCUUCUGGUGGUGCCAAGGAAAAGAAACACCCCUGUGACCACUGUGAUCGACGCUUUUACACACGAAAGGAUGUUCGGAGACACAUGGUGGUGCACACGGGCCGCAAAGACUUCCUGUGCCAGUACUGUGCUCAGCGUUUUGGGCGGAAAGACCAUCUGACGCGGCAUGUCAAGAAGAGCCACUCGCAGGAGCUGCUGAAGAUCAAGACAGAACCUCCGGAUAUGUUGGGUUUACUUGGGUCUGGUUCUCCAACUUGUGCUGUAAAAGAAGAAAUAAGCCCUAUGAUGUGUAGCAUGGGACCUACCAAGGACUCAAUGAUGGCAAAGCCUUUCCCUGGUGCCACCCCUUUCCACAUGGGCAUGUACAACCAUCAUCAUCUCCAGGCCAUGUCCAGUCCGAGUGUGGGCCACCAUCACUCGCUAGUUCCUAGCUCUUUGUCCACUGCAAUGGGGAUGGGCUGCCACAUGGAACCUCCUUCAUCACUGCACCACCAUCACCCACAUCAUCAUCACCACCACCCUCAUCAUCACCACCACUCCCCACCUCCACCCCAUCACCAGCAGCAGCCUUCCUUGCCGAACCAGCAACAACAGCAGCACCCGCAACCACCGCCCAAGUAUCAGCUAGGAUCUACCUCAUACCUGCUGGAGAAGCCUCUUAAGGUGGAGAUGGAGAGUUUCCUGAUGGAUUUACAGAGUGGGCUCCCAGUUCCACCACCACAUUCGGUCGACUCCCACUCAGCAGCUUUGCAUAAUAAGGAGGGUUUGGAACCUCCGCCAGGAUUGUCGGAUGACCUUUGUGGGGACCUCCUCAUGUCCAAGAGCCCUGCUUUCAUUGCUGAGUCAUUUUGUGCUGCUAAUGUGGACUUCUCACAUCUGCUGGGCUUUCUUCCACUCAAUCUGCCACCCUACAGCACCCCCAUGAGUUCAGGAGGUUUGGUGAUGGGUUACUCCACCUCCUCCACUGUCUCUUCUAAUUCCUCAUCUUCGUCAGCAUCUUCGCAUGCUACCGAACCACACGCUGCCACUGCCACAGCUGCGGUGCCUCUUACCUCUUUGCAACCUCAACCUCAGGAGCAGCCAGGCUCCGGUGGGGGCCUCGGUCUUGGGCCUCUGCACCCACUCCCACCAGUGUUCAGCUCCAGCCUCAGUACGACCACUCUGCCUCGCUUUCACCAGGCCUUUCAAUGAGGUCCCCACCCCAACCUGGCCCAACACAGGGGCUCAGGGCAGAGGAGCUUUAGAGUUCCCCCUAGGGUUGGGGAGGUAAAACCCUUACACACAUAGAAGCCUUAACAAAAGCGCACAAGAGCUUUUUAAUGAGCCUGGAGAAAAACAAGCAUAGGAAAUGUCAUGAAACUUUUAUUUAGGCUUAGCUAUGAUUUUUUUAAUACUCUUUUGAACCUCUCCCACCUUCCCCUCUCCUACGAUUUAUUUAGUUAGACAGCAGCACCAGUAGGCCUUAAAGCAUCGUACUGCAUACUUUAUAAAGUAAUAAUACUUGUAGAAAAGGAAAAGAUUAAUGUAGAAAAUAUAUUAUGUCUGAAAGACUAGUUUGAAGUGAUCUAAGAAUUAAUUUUUUCGUUUCCAAAUGUGAGACUUGACUUACUAUGUUGUCUCUAUUCUACAAAGUGUAAAGUCAGGUAAUAGUUGUUUGUCCUUAAAGUAAAACCAUCUUCAUGGCCAGGAGUGGAAGAAUUAGUGAAUGAAUGAAGGAGUAAAAUUGGUAUAAAAUUGGCACAGAAGCUUAAAUCUGAGUUAAAAAACAAGUCAUUAUUAUCACAGGUAAUAUUAUUGACUGAAUAUUUUAACAACCUCAAAAGCCAUUUCAAACAUAAUACAUUGUACCUCAUUAGAUGAAAAUAUUAUCUUAAAAAAUAAUUAUUCUUCCAGCUCUUAUAUAUUUUAAUUUGUUUUAGUACAAAUUAAUUAAUAUCGGAAAGAACUAAGCUUAUACGAGAGGCGAAGAUGGCAAAAAACUGCACAGUUUGAUCAUUUGGUACAAUGUGACCACUGACAGAACUAAAGCAAAAAAAUAUAUAUACGUUAAAAUCUUACAGGUUUACAUUUUUUCUCAAAAGAAGCACUUUGUUUACAGCCGAAGGCACUUGACCUCUUUGGGUUGCCAUGGUGGCCCACUGAAAUCCCCUCCCUUUCCCCAUUCUACCUUCACGGUUUCUGAAAAGAGACUCCCAUUAGACACACACACACGCACGCACGCACACACACACACACAGAGACACAAAGUUCAAAUAAUCUGCAAGUACCUUUGAAUACUCCACAGCUAUCUGAGUCUUUCAAGAUGGUUUCCCUCCUUCCAGCACUAAUUUUAAAGGAAUAAUUAAAACAAAAUGAAAAAGUUGUCAUCAUUUGCUUACCCAUAUUUUGUUCCAAACCCAUAUUGGGAGAUGUUAGGCAGAAUGUCCAAGCUUGUGUUUUUCAAGAAAACCAAAAGACCGCCAAAUCUUCUGAAGCCAUAGAUGGGUUUUUAUGAUGAACAUCUCCACCAGUGCUUAAAAUCUCAUAUGCGCUUCUUUUGCUUUAAAAAAUUGGGGAAGAGUAUUGCUGCAGGCAUUGCUCCAAAAGGGGCAGGAGCUCCAAAUAGCCAUUAAAGAAAUAGGGAGCCCCUUACCUAACCCUUUCCCUAACCUUAACCUUAACUGUGAGUGAAAGUGAUGUGCCCUUUUUACAUUUACAUUUAUGCAUUUGGCAGACGCUUUUAUCCAAAGCGACUUACAGUGCAAUUAUUACAGGGACAAUCCCCCCGGAACAACCUGGAGUUAAGUGCCUUGCUCAAGGACACAAUGGGGUUGGCUGUGGGGCUAGAACCAAUGUCCUUCUGAUUACCAGAUUACCAGUUAUGUGCUUAGACCACUACCACCACCACCACACGUUGUUUUUGAGUUGUUGCAGCCCCCUUUUGGAGAUUCCACACUCAUUUGGAGGUCUCUGGCCUGCAGCUUGAAAAAGUUUGCUUUUGGGCAUGUUUUGCCAGUCAUGUCAUGUGACCAAGCCUGAUGCGACAUCAACAUGACCACAAAUUACAUUGCUACGGUAAGAAUAAUAGUGAAUACCAGCAUAGAAUCUCACUCUGUUCCUCACACAAAGCUAUGGUAUGGUUUCAGAAGACUUAUAGCAGACAAGUUGUAUAGACUACUUUUAUGAGACUUUAAUGGUGCUCUUUUGGAGGUUGGCAGUAUAAAUCACCAUCCACUUUCAAUGCAUGGCAAACAUAGUCUCAGACAUUCUGCUUCUUCCUUCUAUGUUUCAAGGAAAUCAAAAUAAUACUUGGUUAGAAUGAAAUGAGGGUGAGUUAACUAUGAAAAAAUUAAAAUUUUUGGUGAACUGUCCCUUUAAG